ACCAAAUCAAAAGAUAAAUAUUUUCUUUUCAACAAACAUCCAGAGGUACUAUUCUGCAACUACCAUACUGUUCAAAUGAGCUUUUUAAGCCACCCUUCGGAGCAGCAUUCUAAAUUGCUGUUUGUCAAUUUUAAUCAGGACUCGUCGUCAUUGCAGACUGGGUCCAAAACAGGAUUCAAGCUAUAUCCACUCAACUCAGUGGAGAAUCUGGAAUUCACACAUGAAAAUAAUGAACGUCCAAACAUUCAUCUGGUUGAAAGACUGUUUGCAAGCAGCCUUGUUGCCUUAGUUAGCAGUGAUCACCCUCGCAAGCUUGAUGUUUGCCACUUCAAGAAAGGAUCAGAGAUAUGCAAUUACUCUUACUCCAAUGCCAUUCUGGCCGUCAAACUGAACCGAAUGAGAUUGGUGGUCUGCUUGGAAGAGAGUUUAUACAUCCACAACAUUCGAGACAUGAAAGUCUUGCAUACUAUCAGAGAUACACCACCAAAUCCAAGAGGUAUUUGUGCACUCUCACCUCACAAUGACCAUGCUUAUCUGGCAUACCCGGGUAGUGUUCAAGCUGGAGAGGUCCAGAUUUUUGACACAAUUACAUUGAGAGCUGUAAUAAACAUUUCAGCCCAUGAUAACCCAUUGGCUGCUGUUGCAUUCAACCCACAAGGAACACGUCUUGCCACUGCUUCAGAGAAGGGUACAGUCAUCAGGGUAUUCAGUCUUCCAGAUGGUGCAAAACUUUUUGAAUUCAGAAGAGGACUUAAAAGAUGUGCUGAGAUCCAAUGCUUGGCCUUCAGUGUGGAUUCACUGUUUUUGUGUACAUGCAGCAACACUGAAACUGUGCACAUUUUCAAGUUAGAGGAACAGAAAGAAAAGCCCCAGGAAGACAGCUCAUGGAUGGGAAUAUUGAACAGCACUUUUAGAACAUCUGCCAGCUAUUUACCUGCUGGGAUUUCUGAUGUCAUGAACCAAGGCAGAUCAUUUGCUACUGCCCGCUUGCCACAUGCAGGCUUAAAAAGUGUUUGCACUAUUGCCCCAUUACAGAAAGUUCCCAGACUUUUAGUGGCCACACAAGAAGGUCAUUUGUAUAUCUACAACAUUGACCCCAGUGAAGGUGGAGAGUGUACAUUGUUGAGAACACAUUUGCUUGAAGGACAGGCACCAGAGCAUGCUUCAUCAGCAGAUGAUAGUUGUGGGGAUAGACCACUGACCCAGGGUGGAAACCAAGAUGACCCAACCUCGUAUGCCGCAACAGUUAGGAGACCUCAGUCCUCAUCAGCAGCAGAGGCAGUGGCUCCUACAGGUAAGCUCCGCGCACCGCCUGUGGUUCCCCCUGCUGAGGUGUGGAAAGGAGACAAGAGUUAUGCUGACAUGUUGAAAGGGAAGAACAGAGGGGGCCCCCAGGAGGCGACUGCGGACAUAAAUCCUUUAUCCAUGCUGGAUGAGCUUAUAUCCGAAGGAGAUUCUCAACCCUACCAAGAUCCUUUAGAUGGUGCUGUUGGAGGGGAGGAGAAUUUAGGAGCUUUAAGGAUACAUGAUGACAGUGAGUUCCCUCCCAUGUCUCAUAAAUCCUAAUAGCUGCCCCUGUGCUGGCAAUAUUUCCAUCAACUUGAUGCCAUUAAGUAAAUAGUUGAAAAACUUUGUACAGAGAAAAAAUGUGCAAUAGUUCAGUGGAAAUCUAUCAUAAAACUUGGGCUGAGGAGAUGACAGAAUAAGCCAAUUUUUAUCUAUUAAUUUUAUAAUAUGGUUUUUGUGACUCUUGACUUGCCUGCUUCAAUCUUGUUAAUUAGAUGAGAUCGCGCCUAUAUUAACUCUCAGUUUUACUGUAAGUUAAUCGAUACAUAGAUUUUUGGGGGAUUAAGUUCACUGAUAGUUUAAUUCUUUGCAUGCACAAGGAUUAAAUUAGGCCUUUAAAGAGAAAUUGGUAAACAAGCUUUAUCUUUGCAUACUCCUCGGUCCUACAUUAUUAAAAAAAAAAACAUUUUUUUUCUUGUUUAAAAUGAAGAAGAGGUUAUGGGAUUAUAAAAUUCCCUUUUAAAAAAAAUUGAUAAUUUUACAAUUUAUGUUUUAACUCAUUUUAUUUACACCCAACGCAAGCUAUUGUCUACAGUGGUUUACAUAUAAAACAACCCAUCUUUAUCCAUAUAAUGUGCCCCCCAUCAUUAAACAAGUGUUUGAUUUUUCUCAUUAAUUUUAUUUCAUGUAGUCAUGUAUUCUCAUAUACAUUUCAUUGUCUGAAUUGUCCAAAAAGUUUCACGUCUUUUUUUCUCUCUGUAGAAGGUUAAAGACUAUGUUCAGACUUGCAGUGUGGUUUUCAUUGAGGUUUUAUGGUUUGUUUUUAACUGGGCAAAAAAUAAAUAAGCACAGUGCAUAGGCAGUUAUGUUACAAGGGUUCUAAAAAAUAGGCAUUACUAUUGAGAUGUUAUUUAAAAUACACAUCUUCUGGAAAUUAACUGAGACUAAAAUUUAUUUUUGAUUAAGGGCAAUGAAGAUUUAUGUAGGACAGUAUUGAAAGUGUUACUAUAAUCUUAGGAUAAGUGAUGAACUAGUCAUAUGUGUAACAUAAAUCAUUGCAUUUGGAUAUGUUGAUAAGAAUAGUAUCUACCUAUGCUGGGGUAAUCAGUACCUUCAUUAUGAAUCAUCUUUUUAAUAGAUGUAAGCCAUGUAAUUUUUCACCUAUGUAUGGUGGAUGUAAUCACUUCAUAUAUGUAACUUAUUUCAGUAAACUGCAUUUUUUUAUCUUUAGUUAGCACAGGUAGUAGUGGUGACUUGUUUGAUUUUUUAAAUUAGCUACUUUUAAAAAUGGAUGACUAAUUCAAAUUCAUUGAAUGCUUUAGUAGGAAUCACUACUAAUUUUUUUAUCUUUUAAAAAUAAUAGCUUAUAACAAAGACUUUUUUAUUUAUGAUGACUUCUCUAAAUCAUGAAAUAAAUACAAUAAUUUGUAUGUCUCAUUAUACAUAGCUUACUUGUCCUGAAUGGUCUAAAUAUUUGUAUUUCUUUUUGUUUAUAAAUACUUAAUUAAAUAUAACCUGUUUUAUUGUUUCAUUGAAAAUGAUUGUUCACAUUGGUUAAAGACUCCUUAUAAGGCAAGAACUUUUCAGAUGUUAAAAAUAAAUGUUUUUAAAGAUUUUUGCUCAUGAAAGAGCACUAAAGACUAGAUAUUAAAUUCGACAUCAAAAUGAUUGGAUACUGAUCAAGUGUACAACCAGGUAUUUGUAAAAUAUGUACAAUACUGUGAUAACAUGAAUGGGUUGAUCAUGAAACACUCAAGAUGUCCAACUUUUUAUUUUACAAUGUUAACUGUUGCUGUCAGCUUACGUUUUUAAAACUUCGAUAUAGUCUUGUUUGUGUUAACACGGCACAUAUUGACAGGACUGUGAACAUGAAAUAUCCUGAUGUGACUGGUAAAUGACUCACAUUCUAAGAUUGUUAUUUCUUAUGUUAUGCAUUUUGAUGUAUUGAAACAUCAUGUACUUCAGACACAACUGAUAAAAAUAAACUAAAAAGUUCAAGAAAAAUGUUUGUUUUUAGCUGUUUACAAUGUAUAAAGAUUUUAAGAUUAAGCCUUUUUUUACCACACAAUCAGUUUCACUGUGACACAAGAACUUCAAGAACAUGAUUGGAGAAUACUAAAAUAUUUUUCUCUAGUUGUCUAUGGGGUUUAUUCAAAAACUAUAUUUUUGUCAAAUGCAAAGAGAUGGGUGGUAGGAAUUUGUAAAGCAAUGUUUUUCUUACAAUAAAUAGACACUUGCCUAUCUAUGAAGAUCUCUAUCAGCUUUAAAAAAUUGCUUUUUCUAGCAUUUUUAAUUUAUUAAAUAUGAAAUUACACCAAAAAAAUAAAACUAUAAAUUAUAAUGGGUUUGGCAGAACUCCAGGUACAAAUGUAAGCAACUUAUAAUUUGCUAUGUAUGGUAACUUAAACUCCUACGGUAGCUUACAGGAACAUCUAUACUGGUUUAGCUGCUUUUAUAAUACUAACAAUGCUAUUUUGUCUUCUUUAAAUUAAAAUGACAGAUUCAUAUAAUUCUGGUGUGCUUUGACGAGGUUUCUAAUAAUGAAUGGAGAAGUAAAGAAGUACAGAAGACCAAUGUGAUCACACAUUAUAUCAAGCUUCUGGAUGAUGUUAAUUUUCUUUAUACUUUGUGCUUUCAUGCUCAUAAGUCACUAAUUUCAUUAAAUAUUUCCAUUUUUUAUAUAAAAACAAUAAUUUGUUGUUUAUUACUCAGUUUUUAAAUGUGUUUUUAUUUACUUAUAUGAGUUCAAGAUUGUAUUACUAUUAAAUAAAUACCUUCCAUCAGCUAACAAUUUUAGUGGCUACUAGCAACACAUGAAAAUAUGUCAAACAAGGAACUGUCUUAAACUUUCUUAAAAGAAACACUUUACAUUGAGUCGUGUACUUAAGAAGAAAUGCUAAGUGUCAGAUUUUACCUGUUCAAUACAAUUUUUUACUAGUGAAGAAAAUUUCCUCCUUUUGCACAAAUUAA